UCAGGGGUCGAUAUGUGGCCCUCAGCCACUUCUCCUUGUCCACCUUCCUCUUGUAUAAUUAAUUACAGUGAGGAUUUUCACAUGGAAAGGAUCUAGCACGGCUGUUAUUUACCCAGGCAUUCUUGAUAAGAUUACUGCUGUGUUUAAGAACUUGGCCUCCAGCACAGAUCCAGCACUCACUCUGGGGCAGGAUCUCUCUCGUUGCUGGUAUUUUCUUUCUCUCUCUCUGUUUCUACCCCUUUCCCCCACCUUCUCAUGGUUAAAUGGACAAAGCUGGCAUCUCAGAGUCUGCGAGCCCCCUGGCAGGCACCGGUCAGGUCACUGAGGCAACGGCACCCAGUUCUCGGGUGUUUGGCUGCGGCUUUGUGCGACACUGGGUACCCCAGGCCUACAGAGAGGAGCUUUAUCAAGUCCUGCGUCUAACAGGGCCUCUGCUCGUCACCCGGAUAUUAAAUUUCCUCCAGCCGUUUGUCAGCACCAUAUUUGUUGGUCACCUGGGGAACGCUGAACUGGCUGGAUAUGCCCUGGCUUCUGCUACCAUUAAUGUGACCACAGCAGCCACAGGAUGUGGUCUGGCCCUGACGUGUGACACGCUGGUGUCUCAGACGUUUGGCAGUAAAAACCUGAAGCGUGUCGGGGAGAUCAUGCAGAGGAGCAUCCUGAUCCUGCUGCUCUUCUGCCUGCCGUGCUGGGCCAUCCUCCUCAACUCUGAGUCCAUCCUGUUGCUCCUGCAGCAGGAAGCCGAGGUUGCCAGAAUUGCACAGUUAUAUGUCAUUGCGUUUCUGCCAGCAGUUCCUGCCUUUUUCUUGCACCAACUGCAGGUGGCUUACCUUCAGAACCAGGGAAUCAUUUUGCCCCAGAUGUACACAGCAGCUGUAGCCAAUGUAAUAAACCUAGCGGUCAACUACUUCCUGAUUUUCUGGAUGGAUCUGGGAGUAAAGGGCUCCGCUGCAGCCAUUUGUAUCUCACAGUUCUCCAUCGCUCUCCUGCUGUUUGGCUACAUACACUGGAAAAAACUGCAUGUCAGCACGUGGGGGGGCUGGUCCAUGGCCUCGCUGCAGGAAUGGGACUCCUUCAUGAAACUCGCCAUACCCAGUACAUUAAUGCUCUGCUUUGAGUGGUGGAUCUACGAAAUCGGAGGAUUCCUCGCAGGUAUGCUGGGAGAGGAGGACCUGGCGGCCCAACACGUGCUGCUGGAGCUGGGAGCGAUCACGUACAUGUUUCCUUUAGGUGUACAUGCAGCAGCGUGUGUCCGUGUGGGCAAUGCUCUGGGGGCAGGAGACACACGUAGAGCUCUGAUCACCAGCAAAGUGGCUCUGUUUGUCUCAGGAGUGUUAGCGGUGCUACAGGGGAUUGUGCUCGGUUCUACAAAAUCAGUGUUAGGCCUCAUCUUUACCAAUGACGAGACCAUUGUUGGGAUUGUAUCUGAAAAUAUGACCUUCUAUGUUUUCUUACAGUUUGUUGAUGCCCUUGUGUGUGUAAGCUCCGGGAUCCUUCUGGGUUCAGGGAAACAGAAGAUAGCAGCCAUAUCCAAUCUGAUCUCUUACUACUGUAUCGGACUUCCUUUGGGUAUAUCGCUGAUGUUUGCUGCCGAGCUGAGGAUUAUGGGUCUGACACUCGGCCUCUUGGUCUGCGUCCUCAUCCAGGCUUGCUUCUUCAUCUCGCUCAUCUUCAAACUCGAUUGGCAGAAGCUGACAGAGAAGGCCCAAAAACGUGCUGGAAGGAAAGGGAACAUGAACUGUGUAGGACAGAAGGCACCUCUUAGUGUACCGAUCAUGGACAACAUGAUUGCUGAUGGACCAGACAACCCUGAGCAAAUACCUGUGACACACUCAGGAAACAUGUGCUCUAAAACGAGCGCCUACGCUCCAGUGAGCUCCAAAGAGGAGAAACAGACCAAACCCGCGAUCGGUCAGGAGGAAGCGGACGACGGUGAGGCGGGAGUCAAAGCCCGAGUCAAAGCCCCGCUCUCUGUCCCACAGUUAGUCCUGAGAAGAGGUCUGACCGUCCUGGCUGCAGUGUUGCUGCUGUCUGUCAGCAUCGUGGUCCAUCUGACCUGCCCACCACCGCAGCCAUUCGCCCAUCUUAAGAGCAACCUAACCACAGACUGGGGGAACCACACCAGCACUACUGCCUUCCCAAACACUACGGCUGCUAACUACCAGUUAACCACGAGACCCAUCUGAAUGACCAUGCUUCAAAAACCACGAACCACCAAAGCAAGCAGGAAGUGUGCUGAGGAAUUGCUGUGGUGUUAGUCCAGCUACUUCUUGAGCAGGUUUACCGAACACCAAACCAGUACUGAACCACAUUCGUACCUCAACAUUUCUGUAGAAAUGCAGGUGAAGAAGCCGUUCAGUCGAGCUGCUUAACCCUUAAAGCCUUGUACACUCCAGUUCUCUGUGAGCCGAAGCUCUCGAGAGGCGUCUGAUUCACAUGUUGUUGUAAUGAGGAAAAGAAACGUUACUACAGUAUUUUCCCCUCAUUAUAAUUCUAAACACAUUUUAUUCAUCUACACUGAAUAAUAAUAAUAAUAAUAAUAAUAAUAAUAAUAAUAAUAAUAAUAAUAAUAAUAGUAGUAAUAAUAAUAAUAAUAAUAAUAAGCAUUUUAUCAGGUUAGAUGGGUUGCCAAGUCUGUUCCAGAGCUCUAUGCUAUACGUACACACGUUUGUAUCAUAGCUUGAUUUUGCAUAGACAGAUGUGCUUUUGGGAGUUGACAUGGAAAACCUGUUAAACUCCACAUGCAGACUAAAACCCAAGCUCAGGAUCGAACCAGGGACCCUGGAGUUAUUAAGCAGAGCUGCUACCCCACCUCCCCCAGCACAUGCUAUUAAUUUCAAAUCUGUAUUCCCAAGUAUUCUAAAAGAUAUAUAUGAGGUUAUCCGCAUGAGGUUCUGCUUGAGGUAGUCUGUCAUUUUGUCAUAAUGUUUCAGAUCUAUUUAUGUGUUUGUAAAUGCGUCAGAUUUGUGUCGUCAUGUGUCGUGUUACCAAAUUAUCCCUGUAAUUCACUGAAAUGGUUUCCUUUACCCAGUUUUGACAGGAAAUUUUCAUAAACAAAGGUGGAUCUAUUGGUUUUUUUUUUGUUUAUUGAUAAUA